AUGUGGGCGUCGAACAUGUUCGCAUGCAAGACGUCUGAUCCAGAUAUUGUCCAGUACGUUGUGGAACUCCCGAAGGUGACGCCCAGCACAGACACGCAGGUCGCGUCCAAGAGGGUUCGCGCCCUGCACUGCAUCCAGAGGGUGAUCGACGCCAUGUUCAGGGACCCGAGUCUCGGCGAUCAGUUGUGGAGAUUCAUCGACGCCAGGCUGGUGGAGAGGGCCCCAACCCCGAGCGUGCAGCCCAUUUCCAACUUGUACGCUACGGUCAAGGUUUCCUGCGAACUGUCCCUGCCGAGCCCUCCCACGAAGCUCAUGCUGGAGAAGACCCACGACAGGGACGGCAUGGCCAUCAACGACAUGUUCGGCCAGCAUUUCCAGGUCAACGGCCCCGACAAGAUCCCGUCGGGAACGCCAGUCAACGUGCUGAUCCAGGCCAUGCGGCAGAGGGCGAUCGACGUCGGCUGUCGGCGGGAGCCCCUCUUCGAGAGAGCAGUCAACGAUGAUGGCCUUGUCGGUUGGGGUGUGGCUCCUCUGUUCACCUUCGAGUGUGAGUAUAAUCGCCUCGCACGGGUGACUCACGUGCCCUCUGGUGACGUCGCGCACGUGCCCGCCGAUGGCGAAUGCACUAUUAACUUCGACCUCCAGGUCUACAGCUGGGACGCCGUUGCGAAGUUCACCCGCAAGAACUCUCUGCUCAUCGGGAAGGACUGGUUCCCAGCCAUGCGCGGCCCAAACGCCUGGGCCCUCGACCAGAAGGGCGAGAUGCUCACCCCCCUUAUCGCGGCCAUCAAGUCGGCGUUCGAGCGGAGGUUUCUCGACUUGCACAUGCUGGUGGGCCGCCCUGAGGACGCCGGGCUGUAG